UGUUUAUUUCACAAAGCAGAGUAAUUUUACACUAGUGAGCAGGGGUCUGAUCACGGAGGGUGAAGCUCACAGGUGACCCUAAAGCUUCCCUGAAUAUAACACGCUGCUGUUCAGCUAUAUCGCUCAUCUCCAGCAAUAGAGUCCGUCGGAGUCACGCUCGAGGCUUAGAUGAUUCUAAGCGUCAACCAGUUAGAACACUCAGUCUAGUUUACGUAAUAUCGUACGUCGAUUUGUUGUCAAUUAAAAAAAAACAAAAACAAAAAAACGUAGUUCUGGAACUGUGACGUAAAAAUCACAACCGUGCCACUAUUAAUACUGAGCGCAACCAACCACUGUCGUCAUUUAAGCACAGGCGAUAAUUCAGGGCGCAUCUGAAAAAAUUACCUGAGCUAACGAAGGUGAAAUAUCUACGACCAGCUUCUAGUAUUUUACCAUUGAAAAUUUGCCUCCCUUCACUUCAGUAAGAUGGCAGAGAAUCAACAAGGGAGCCCUGAGUUUGAGGCACCAACCAGGCCUGGAAAGCACUAUAUCUGCGGUGGUUGUGCUGGCAUGGCGAACAUUAUGAUGACCUUCCCAGUAAAGAAGGUCAUCUUUCGGCAGCAGGUUUUUGACGUGCCCACGACCGAGGCCAUCCGGCAGCUGCAAAGGGACGGCAUGCGGACCCUGUACCGUGGCAUGCUGCCCCCGCUGCUACAGAGGACCACCUCAAUGGCCUUCAUGUUCGGCUUUUACAACGACUUAUCUCGGCUGCUGCCACGACCUGCCGGCACCCCGGGGCUGCUGACCAGCAGCAUGGCGGCUAUUCUCGCGGGCACUAUGGGGGCAACUCUGACCCCCUUUGAGAGGAUCCAGGCGCUGCUGCAGGACCAUCGGCACCACGGCCGUUUCAAUAACACUUUUCAUGUGUUCCGGACGCUGGUGCAGGACUACGGGGUGCGUGAAUUGUACCGUGGCAUGGGGCCCAUCCUGCUGCGCAAUGGGCCCUACAACAUGCUCUUCUUCGGGCUCCGUGGGCCCAUCAAGAACAGCCUGCCUGAGGCUGAAUCCCAUGCCGGCCACCUGGUCAGUGAUUUUGUCUGCGGCGGCCUUCUGGGAGCCACUCUGGGCUUACUUUUCUACCCACUAAAUGUACUGAAGGCUUGCAAGCAGACGCAGGUGGGUGGCAAGUUCCAGUCCUCGUGGCAGGUGCUGCGUACCAUCUGGAGUGAGCGGGGUGGUAAAUUGAGCCACCUCUACCGAGGGGCUCACCUUAAUUACCACCGCUCCCUCCUGUCCUGGGGCAUCACCAAUGCCGUGUACGAGUUUCUAAGGAAGGUCAUGUAGACCGACCUGGAACCUCUGCCACCCCCUGCUCAGAAUUCAGGAUUGCUACUCCGUGCAUCAAUAUGUUUGUAUGUGCAAAAUACUGGAUAUUUUGCUCUUAUCAACUGGUGACUGCUGACAAUGGCUAAGAAUGGACCUGGGUAGAGCCUCUACCGCCCAGACCUCAGAAUUCAAGAUUGUUGCUCCGCACAUCAAUUAUGAUGCGUGCAAAACACGUGUUAUUCGACAGGAAGUGCAGGUGCAGCAGUAACCAGAAGCCGAGAAAGAAGGCUCAUGACAGUGUGCUGUGACAUACGAAAUAACACUGUGCUGUUACUCAAUUAAAGAUGUACUUAUCCA